CAGCCCCUUCCUCCCGCGGUCGCGCAGGGCAGCACGAUGAGAGUUGAACAUGUUCUCUACCAGGAAGUUGUCCGGAGUCUGCAGAGCCAUCAGAUGCCAUCAUUUCAGAUCCCAUUCUGUAUCCAGGACCUCUCCAAACUUGGCUUUCGUGCCAGCCUGUCUUCCCCCAGAUCCUGUGGAAGUAGAGAAGCUGCAAUGCUUUAUUUCCAACUCCAAGAGACUGUUUGUGAUGACUGGAGCUGGCAUCUCGACUGAAUCGGGGAUCCCGGAUUACCGCUCUGAAGGCGUGGGGCUCUACGCCCGGACAGACAGACGGCCCGUCCAACACACCGAGUUCGUGCGCAGCGCCAGCGCCCGGCAGAGGUACUGGGCAAGGAACUUUGUGGGCUGGCCCCAGUUCUCCUCCCACCAGCCCAACACAGCACACCUGGUACUAAGAGACUGGGAGAAGCUGGGGAAGCUGCACUGGCUGGUGACCCAGAAUGUGGACGCCCUUCACAGCAAAGCCGGGAGCCAGCGCAUGACAGAGCUGCACGGCUGCACACACAGGGUUUUCUGCCUGGCCUGUGGAGACCAAAUCUUGCGUUCUGAGCUUCAGGAGCACUUUGAAGCUCUGAAUCCUACCUGGAAAGCUGAAGCAUUUGGUGUGGCUCCGGAUGGGGAUGUCUUCCUGACAGAUGAGCAGGUGUGUAACUUCCAAGUCCCAGCCUGCCGGAAAUGUGGUGGAAUCCUGAAGCCUGAUGUGACCUUCUUUGGAGACACAGUGAGCCGGGAAAAAGUGGAUUUUGUGCACCAGCGCCUGGCAGAAUCAGACUCCAUGCUGGUGGCAGGAUCCUCUAUGCAGGUGUACUCUGGUUACAGGUUUGCUCUUGCUGCUUGGGAGAAGAAGCUGCCCAUUGCAGUCCUUAACAUUGGGCCCACAAGGCUGGAUCACUUUGCAUCCUUAAAACUGAAUUCCCGCUGUGGGGAGCUGCUGCCUUUGAUUGUUGUACAUGACUCAACAAGCUGAGCUUUAGUAGCUAUCAGGAGUAAAAUUAUAUCUUCAAGGAUUAUUGGGCUGCCGCACCUGAGAACAGAGUACCUUUCUUGUAAGUGUCCCUAGAGAAGAAGGGAGGACUGAGUAACCUGACACUAGCACAGGAGGAGGAUGUGGAAAACCACAGGAUCUGUUGGGAGAUCCAGUGCCAAUGCCAGAGGCACAAGGAGCUGCAGUUGUCAUUUAAGUGGAAAAAAAAAAAAAAGGUUCAAAAUAGAAGCUGAACUGUUCUUGUAAGAGAUCACUGGAAAGCACAGACUGUAAGGCUGACAGCUUCUAGCAAGGGGGAGAAGUCAGCAUUUCUCUCAAGUGUCAUUUGACAAGCUAAACUGCUUACUAUGUGAACCCUUUAAAAAUUAUAUAUUGUUGAGAUGCCAGAGGAGUUACUUUAUGCUAAUCUGGCCAGCACUGCUGUCUGGCUGGCUGCUGUGUUUUCCAGAAUGCAUUUUUUUGGGAAAUGUUAUUUAAUUAAUGAAUAGCUAAGAAGUGAAUUAAAAUUGUUUACAAGCCCAGUA